AUGGGAAUUACUGCUGUUGCAAUAUGCAGUCUUCAAAGAACAAAAAUCUAGACUAUUCAGAAGCAUUCUAUAAAUCUUUAUUACCUGUCCAGAAGACUAGUGCUGAGAUCAUAAAUGAAGCACGAAGUACACUAAGGACUUUAAGAACUCAAAGGCCAUUUACACCAAGAGAUGAGCGAAGGAAACUUUUUGGUUCCACCUCUUCAAGGACACCUGAAAAUAGACCACCUUCUGCUUUUAGUCUCCACUCUUCUAGCUUUGAGUCAGUUGAGUCAAGACCUGCCUCUUGUGCACGCCUCAGCCCACUGGACCAUAAGCCAAAAUUAUUGUCAUCAGCCUCUAAUUAUGAAGACUAUUGCGUUUCCCCACCUUUACCACCAGUGGAUUCAGCGGAGAUCAGAAAAGUCAGCAAUGCUCGCGCAAGGUUGUCCAAAACUGUUUCCUGUGGGAAUCUACUUCCAGAUAAACUAUUUCUUCCCAAUGACUGUAAGAGGCUGUAUUUUGAUCAGCAAUUUAUCCCAAGGAGUGAUCAUGAAAGUUUUUCACAAAAGCUGCCUAUCCAGUUGAGCGCCAGGGAUGCCUGUCUUCCACUAACUUAUAUAGAUCAUCAUAAUAAGAUAACAGGAGAAGAAUUUUUUCCACAAAUGAGAAACAUACCAUUUCCAGCACAAUUCAGCAGGCAAAGUGACCAGUUUAAUACACAAGAGUCUCCUUUGUCAUAUCCAGACUAUACUGAAAUGACUAAAUCUGCAACUAAAUCAGAACAUAAUUUGGAAGCAAGCGAAAUGGAAGAAGAGGAAGAAAGCUAUUGGAAAACAAAAGUUUUACCAAUUUUACAUAUAUUAGAGAUUGAAAACAACGUAGAACAACUUUGUGAUGCCUGUGCUAUUCUUUAUCAAACAUUGGAAGAAGGAAAUAUGCUUGGCAAGCGAUUCAAGAGGCGAAAUUUACUGUUGAAAGUGUUAUAUAAAUUAGUUGAUGUUACUUCAGAUCCUCUUGGCUUGAAAUUGGCAAAAAUCAUUCUGGGUCUGAAAGUGAGUGGGAAGAAUCUGCUUAAUGUUUGCAAAUUAGUAUUUAAAAUCAGCAGAAGUGAAAAAAAUGAUUCCCUUAUGGAGAAUGACCAAAUCCUGGACUCUCUGCUUGAGAUUCUGAGAACUGAAGAUUUACAAACAAACACUGAAGCUUUUCUUUAUUGCACUGGUGCUAUAAAAUUUAUUUCUGGCAAUGCGAGGCUCAUUAAUGAAAUGGUCAACAAGGGAGCUAUUGAAAUCCUGCUGCAAGUAAUGAGAAUGAUUAAUGAAAUUAAUGAAGACAAUACUCGAUUUUCUAGCUCAGGACAUCUCUUGGUCCAGCUCACUGCCACUUUACGGAACUUGGUAGACUUACUUCAGUCAAGGUGCAAAUUCCUGGAGUAUGGAGCAAUCCCAGAGCUCUGCCUCACGUUGGAGAAACGCAUGAGUGACAAGGAUGUGUGUACCAAUGUGGCCAGAAUAUUCAGCAAACUUUCUUCCUUCAACGACUGCUGUACAGCUUUGGCGGAUUGCUCCAGAUGUUAUGCCUUAUUUUUAGCCCUGCUAAACAAAUAUCCAACAAAGCAGGAUUUAGUUAUCCGUAUCAUUUUCAUUCUUGGCAAUUUAACAGCAAAGAACAAUCGAGCCCGGGAACAAUUUUUUGAGGAGCAAGGAAGCAUUGAUACACUCAUAGCACUUUUCCAAACUUACUGUGAAAAUGUUCCCAAUCAUAAACUGUGGAAAGAUGGCGAAAUAAAGAAUCUCAGACACCCUUCUGAAGCAGAAGACAUUCUCAUCAAGCUGAUAAGAGUGAUUGCCAAUCUGUCCAUUCAUCCAAAUGUAGGUGCAGGUUUGGCAACUAAUCAUCACAUUGUGGCAUUACUUAUUACAGUACUUGAGUGCAAGUCGGUUGAGGAAUGUGAGGAACUGGUUAUUAAUGCCAUUGCAACAAUCAACAAUUUAUCCUUUUAUCAAGUGAAGAAUUCCGUAAUCCAAGAGAAGAAAUUGCAUAUUGCAGAAUUGCUUUUAACGAUGUUAAUGAGCAGUCACAUGGAUGGAAUUCUGGAGGCUAUUCGUGUCUUUGGUAAUCUUUCUCAGAACCAUGAAAUCUGCAAUUUUAUUAUACAGCGAAAGGUGUACAAGUUCAUGAUUGCUUUGCUUGAUGCCAGGCACCAAGAUGUCUGCUUUUCAGCCUGUGGAGUUCUCCUCAAUCUUACUGUAGAUAAAAGCAGGCGGAGUAUUUUGAAUGAAGGAGGAGGAAUUAAAAAAUUAAUCGAUUGCUUGAGAGAUUUUGGGCCCACAGACUGGCAACUGGCUGGUUUGAUAUGCAAAACUUUGUGGAACUACAGUGAGAAUGUUACAAGUAAUGAACCCUGCUUUGAAGAUGAUGACUCAAACAGUCUUCUAGUUCUUCUUAUGACAUUUCUUGAUGAAGAACUGGCACUGGCUUACAGUUUUGACAGUGACUUAAGAGAAUAUCACAAACUUUAUUGGGAAACAGAGUUCAAACCUGUGGCACAGAAACUUCUCCAGAGAAUUCAAAAUUGAAAAUCAUUGCUCGAGUUCCUAAUACUUCAUUUCAAGAUGGGUGUUGAUUCAAUCAAUGUGCAAAUCAUUUCUUUUGCUGCUGCUUUUGCAAAUCAUUUGAUAUUAAAACAUUUCAGUAUGUUGUUUCCACGGAAAAUGCCUUUUGUUCUUUAGUUUUUCUACAUAGCAUGUACAUUCAUUGUAGAAUACCUUUUUCUUAAAUUUACAGUGGCGUUUAGGGAACAAAAAUAAACUAAUUACAACAUCUGAA